GUAGUGUAGUCUUGAUACUAAAAGAAUUGGGUACAGCAUUUAUCUGCGCGGAAUUUGUAAUCUUGCUGCUCUUGCUCCAAUUCAAUACAACAAUACAGCCCAUAGCUUGUCCUCGCACCAAGUUUGCUUUUCUGGUGACAUUGUGACAUUGAUCCGGGAGGCCCAUAUAUCAAGGCUUUGACUUGACUGCCCUCACCAAUCUCAACCCCUCCUUCGUCUUGUCUGCCAUUCAAGCAAGAAUUGAGAAUAAUCGACGAUACGUUUUUCCAUGAAAAGAUCAGUUGGUGUCACCGGUGGUUUUGUGCAUCAAUAUACUCAGGAUUCAUUCUCUAUACCCACUACGUUAAUACGUCGAAACCAUAGCCGCGGGGGUCUUAUUCGAUCUUUUGGUAGGAUACAAUCAUUUGCGCCCCUUCGUCGCAGCUCUUCGGAAAUCCACUCAAACACUUUGAAGAUCAAGGGAUUGAAUACGGAAAGGCGCGCAACUUUACUUCCUAACUCCGCUUGGAAAAGGUCGAGCGCUACAUCUUCCAUCUAUAAUCGAAGCAUAUCCUCAUUGUCACUCAAGUACCUUGAAAAGCGCAAUCCUUCUUGUGAAACAUCGUUGCGAACGCUUGUGCAAAGCAGUUUAGGAAAUUGGGCCACCGUCUUACUCCUCACAUUCAUUAGCAGCGCAUUUCUGUAUACUUCUACACACAGUCAGCCCAAGACACAUACACCCGUACCACAACAAGUACAAGUUGAUCCCGAGCAAGAAUAUUACGAGUAUUACAAAAUGACGGGAGAAACACUUCCAGGUCGACCUGGCACAUUAACAGCACACGAAGAAGAGAAGCUACGAGAAUUCUGGGUUGCCACCUUACAAGUCUUCGGCGUCCUGGAUCCUCAAGCAGAUACCAAUGGUACCAGUGGCGAUUCGGAAGUGAGCAAUGGUGUCGCAAAAUCGGAUGCCUCGGCUUCCGAGAAACCUAAGAAGAAGAGAUUCUCUGCUCUGCGCAGGAAACAUAAGGAUGAUGAUUCUGCAUCUACGAAAUCUGCAAGCGCUGCUUCGCGUAUCUCGAAUGCUGCGGAUGCGGAUGAUAAAUAUGGACAAACCAAGGAGUUUCACGAAGCGUUGGCGAGUCUGCCACCAGCCUCGAUUCGUGCGGCAUUCUGGAGUAUGGUGAAAUAUGAUCAUCCGGAUGCGCUUUUGUUGAGGUUCUUGAGAGCUAGAAAAUGGGAUGUGGAUAAGGCAUUGGUUAUGAUGAUUUCGACCAUGAGAUGGAGGGCUUCGGACAUGCAUGUUGAUGAUGAUAUCAUGAAAAAUGGAGAAUUGGCUGCUCUUGAAGAUGAGAAGUCAACUAAUGCUGAGAAGAAGAAACACGCAGAAGGAUUCCUUAUGCAAAUGCGUUCGGGGAAGAGUUUCUUACAUGGACUGGACAAAGCCGGAAGACCAAUGUGCUUUGUGAGAGCUCGCUUACACAAACAAGGAGAGCAGACGGAAGAGAGUUUGGAAAGAUAUACAGUUUUCAUUAUAGAAUCGGCUAGAAUGUUAUUGGAACCACCGGUGGAUACUGCUUGUGUAGUGUUUGAUAUGACUGGAUUUUCUCUGGCAAAUAUGGAUUAUGGACCUGUCAAAUUCAUGAUCAAAUGUUUCGAAGCCAACUACCCCGAAAGUUUAGGCGUAGUCCUAGUCCAUAGAGCACCAUGGGUAUUCCAAGGUAUCUGGAAAAUAAUCCGUGGCUGGCUCGACCCCGUCGUCGCCUCCAAAGUACAAUUCACAAACAACGUCGAAGAGAUGUCUGAAUUCGUUCCUCGUUCUCAAAUCCUCGCCGAACUUGGCGGCGACGAAGACUGGGAAUACAAAUUCGUCGAACCAGUUCCCGGCGAAAAUGACUUAUUGAAAGAUACAGCAACCCGCGAUAAACUCCUGAAAGAGAGAGAAAAUAUCGUGGAUGCUUAUGAGAAAGCUACGCUCGAGUGGAUUAACUCUGAAGGGAAAACACCCGAAAUCAAGACCAGGAGGACAGAAUUGGCAAAGGAGUUGAGAGAUGAUUAUUGGAAAUUGGAUCCAUAUAUUAGGGCAAAGAGUUUGUAUGAUCGAACUGGCGUCAUCAAUCCGGGGGGGAAAUUGGAUUUUUACCCAAAGGCUAAGGGGGAAUCAGCUCCUGCGGCUACUCCAGCUGCGGCUGCACCAGCGGUGGAAACUUCGGCGGAUGAUAUUGAUUAGAAUGGGGUUGGGGGAGAAGGAGGGAAAUAGGGAGAGGAACAGGGACAGGGACAGGAAUAGGCACAAGAAGAUAUAUAAUGAGAAUAAGAAUAAGAACAAGAGUAGAGGAAUAAAACAAGAAACAAACAUACGAUUUGAUAUCGAAUACACGAAAAGGUUUUUGGUUCACCAGUUCCCCGUUCCCAGUUCUUCAAAUGCUACAGCGGAGCAAUCAGCAAAUUGCGAGAAUGACUGAGGAUUGUGAGGAAUGCAAGGGAUUUUGAUGUCAAUGUCAAUGUUGAUGUCAGUGUAUGUAUGUGUUAAUGUUAUAUAAUUGUAAUGGAGA